CGUCACGUCCUGUACCUGUCAUUUCCGGAGAUGAAAGAACACUGCACAUCCAAUGGAUUAAUACAUGACAGUAGCUGCUAAUCAUUUCAACCACUAAAAACCGAUUUGAUUAUCAAAACGGAUAUUCGUGACGCUUGUUUUUUUGUUUGUUCCCAGGCUAUAUAUUUGCGUCGGUGUCCACAAAUGACUGUCCUCCUAAAAUGUGUGUUUUCAGGUCUGAAUAACUAGCUAGCUAGUUUGCUAGCUACCCAAUGCUAGCUGCUUAGCUGAUACAUUUCUGUGACCUAAUUUAGCUAACGUUAGCUGGCUACUUAGCGAUACAAAAUGUGUUGAAAAUUAAGCUUUGAUUUGGUUUCUGUGGUUAAAAAUAAUAUUGUUUUUGUGUGUCGUCAUUAGCAUUGCCGGGAUGUGUUUACUUAUUCCUUUGCAGGCACGACUUUACGCUUUGAAUCAUUUGGCUGGACUAACGUUAGCAGUAGAAGGUCAAUAUUGUUGAUGCCAGCUACAGCUAACUAUAGUGGAAUACUUCUCAACAAACCGUUAGGCCUAUGCGCAAUGAGAUGUAACGCUACUAUUAGGCUAUUCGAUAUGAGAUGUAAACAGAGUGGGGGCUUCAGCUAUCCAGAUUCACAGUUGUUCAUUAGUUAGCUAGCUAGUCAUUAGCUAACAGGAAAAGUAGCCAUACCCAGUGUUGGCUGAAGUUAACCUUACUCGAACACUUGAAAACACCUCAAUAAUAACAAUACUUGGAAUAUGGAUUUCAUGUGGACUUCAGCCAUACUACAAAAUCACCUGAUUCUACUUUCAAAAUAACAUUUUCAGACGACCGUCUUAAUUUCAGAUUUUUGCUGAAAGGAAAACUUUCAUGUUUUGUUUUGGAGAGUAGGGGUUGGCUUUGGAUCAAUUGUUGAUUUUUGCAUGUGUUAUAGUUUAAUAUUUUUGCAAAUAGUAUCCUCUCACAGUAGAAAAUGAAUGGCCUAUCUGUCAGUGAGCUAUGCUGCCUGUUCUGCUGUCCUCCCUGUCCGAGCCGUAUUGCCGCCAAGCUUGCCUUCCUGCCUCCUGAGCCUACAUAUUCCCUCUUGCCGGACCUCGAUGGUUCUGCGGCCCCAGGGACAGCAGGGUCAGCGGGGCUGAGAUCCAGGGGAGGGGUACCUGGAGCAGCUGUAGGGGGUUCAGGCAGCAAUGGUCCUGCAGAGGGCAAAUGGAAGCUCCACCUGACAGAGCGAGCUGAGUUUCAGUACUCCCAGAGAGAGCUGGAUGCUACAGAGGUGUUCUUCACCCGCUCUAGCCGUGGCAAUCGAGUGGGCUGUAUGUACAUCCGCUGUGCGCCCACCGCCAGGUUUACAGUGCUGUUCUCCCAUGGUAACGCGGUGGACUUGGGCCAGAUGAGCAGCUUCUAUAUCGGCCUGGGCACACGCAUCAACUGCAACAUCUUCUCCUACGACUACUCCGGCUACGGUGUCAGCACGGGCAAGCCUUCCGAGAAGAACCUCUACGCUGACAUUGAAGCUGCCUGGCAGGCCCUGCGCACACGAUAUGGCAUCAGCCCAGAGAACAUAAUCCUGUAUGGGCAAAGCAUUGGCACCGUUCCCACGGUUGACCUGGCAUCACGGUAUGAGUGUGCUGCUGUGGUGCUCCACUCCCCCCUCACCUCUGGCAUGCGGGUGGCCUUCCCAGACACCAAGAAGACAUACUGCUUUGAUGCUUUUCCCAACAUUGAGAAGGUGUCUAAGAUCACGUCACCGGUGCUGAUCAUCCACGGGACUGAGGAUGAGGUGAUCGACUUCUCCCACGGUCUGGCAUUGUUCGAGCGCUGUCCCAAGGCCGUGGAGCCACUUUGGGUGGAGGGGGCGGGACACAACGACAUCGAACUGUACAGCCAGUACCUGGAGCGCCUGCGCCGCUUCAUUGGCCAGGAGCUGGCCGCACAGCACGCCUGAACACCCCCACACCGCCUCCAGGCUCCAACACUCCUCUGGCUCUCCUCUGUUCCCCUGGGUCUCCUCUGUUCCCCUGGGUCUCCUCUGUUCCCCUGGGUCUAAGUGGGUCAGGAGGAGUGGAUGGCUGGGCUCUCAGAAUGAAUGAUCCUUCACCUUUUGGGGCGGCUUUGUCUGGAUGUUCGGCAGCCCUGUCUUUUAGUUGUUUUCCUAUUGUUCUGUCUCGGACACCUGUCAUUAAUCCUGGUCAGAGAAUCUAUUCCACCUCCCGCCCUUUGGACAGUGCAAGAAUGCACCCAGGCAUGGAGGACUCUACCUUCUGCCUGUUUUAUUUCUAUCUGUCUAAAGCCCCUCUCUAUUACCCCAGGCAUGGAGGACUCUACCUUCUGCCUGUUUUAUUUCUAUCUGUCUAAAGCCCCUCUCUAUUACCCCAGGCAUGGAGGACUCUACCUUCUGCCUGUUUUAUUUCUAUCUGUCUAAAGCCCCUCUCUAUUACCCCAGGCA